AUGGCUUGUAACACACCAAUCGAAAAUGAUAAAGCUGCUGAUGCCUGUAGGUUUCUGACUUUCAAUGUAAAUGGGCUACGUACGCUUUUCCACUAUCAACCUUUUUCCAAUAUGAAUCAAUCCAUUGAGAACGUCUUUGACUAUUUCAAUGCCGAUAUUAUAACAUUUCAAGAAUUGAAAGUGGAAAGAUCAGCACUCACUAAAUGGGGUAAAUUGGAUAAUUUUUAUUCCUUUAUAUCGAUACCGCAGGCCAGGAAAGGUUAUUCUGGAGUUGGCUGUUGGAUCAGAAUACUGCCAAAAGAUCAUCCACUACACAAUAGUCUAAAAGUUAUAAAAGCUGAGGAGGGAAUUACCGGAAGAUUAGGGGUAAAAAUUGGUAAAGAUUUAGUAACGUAUUCAAGUGAUUCCAGUAUUGGAAUUGGAGGUUACGAAUCACUACCGUAUAAUGACGAACAAGAAGCUUUAAAGAUAGAUUCAGAGGGUCGUUCCGUUAUGGUAGAGUUGGCAUCCAAUACCGUUGUAAUUUGUGUCUACUGUCCUGCUAACUCUACACUUUCUGAAGAAGGUGAGUUGUUUAGGGUCAAAUUUCUUAAAAUAUUAUUUAAGAGAAUACGAAAUCUUGAUGCUAUGGGGAAAAAAGUGGUUCUUAUGGGUGAUCUGAACGUUUGUAGAGAUUUGAUUGACCAUGCAGAAUCAUUAGAAAGAGCUUCUAUGCCAAUUACAGAUAAUAUGGGCGGUUUAGAAAUCGAAGAGAAAUUUCAAAAUUCUUGUAGAGAUUUUAUCAUUAAUCCAGAUGUUCCUCAUCGAAGGCUGUUCAACCAAAUGCUAAGUGACUCAAUGUUCUCUGAAAUGGCACUAGAAGGAGUUUUGAUAGAUACUACUAGGUUGAAGCAGUCUAGGAAAAGACUUAAGAUGUACACAGUUUGGAAUACAUUCAAAAACUCUCGACCUGCAAAUUACGGUUCAAGGAUCGACUUUGUUCUAACUAGUACUCGCAUGGGGGUUCAAGUACAAUCAGCAAAUAUUUUACCGCAAGUGAUGGGAUCAGAUCACUGUCCUGUCUAUGCUGAUAUAAUUUACGAUCCAUCUGAUGUGGGAGAAAAGGAUUUUGACGUAAAGACACCAAAGUUUGAAGCUCGCUACAAAUACGAUCUAAUGCAUGGAAAUAUUUUAGAUAUGUUUGGUAAGGUAAAGAGUCAAUCUGUUUUAGGGAAAGUGGUUAAAAAACCUGUUUCUCACUCGCCAAAACCAGUUGAUAAAUUAAUAGAGAGGAAUGAAGCUAGGAACCUUACGAUAACAAAACCAAGUAACGGUGAGAAAGAAAAGAUCUCGCAAUUAAAAAACUUUUUUGGUGAACCACCGUUGUGCAAACAUGGUAAAGAGACAAUUUUGAGAACUUCGAAAACGCUUACAAAUCCCGGUAAAAGAUUCUGGAUAUGCAAAUACCCAAAGGGAAGCUUCGGAGACAAAUUGUCAUCUUGUGGAUUUUUCCAAUGGGUAUAA